AUGUUGUGCUUGGACAUAAAACUGGUCUCGCGUUUACGAGGAGUCUCGUUGACGAGUGGGACGAACGUGUCAACGGCAGCACCCUCGUCAGCGACCUCGACCUCAUCGACGACUACCUUUGUGGAGAAAUGCAAACACGGCAAAGGAAGAAGAGUGAGCACCGGAGACGCGAGUUCGGUGACAGAAAGCGACAGCGAAGAGGAAACGUUGCCAAUCGGUCACGAAAUGAUACGCCGAAACAGAUCGAGAUCGGUUUGCGUGUCUGCUUUGUCAGCUUUGCACCAAAAACAUCUGCAACGACGGGCCAGCCACCAUGUGUCUACGACGGAUACAAUUUCGAGGAGAGGAGUCCUUUCAAGACGAUACUAUGGCAGCGUUGAAAUGUUGCCGCAGAUUGAACAAGACGGCUAUGACAAUGGACGAAGAUUUCGAGUCGAAAAUGGCGAUUCUCCUGGAGAAAAAGAAGAAAUGUUCGGAUCACCAAGUACACCGAUAUUGGAAAAUCCUGAGUACCAAACUCGUUGGUAUUUUAAGUACUUCCUCGGAAAAUUGCAUCAGAAUUACAUCGCUGCUGAUCAAGAGAGGAAUCCUCUGUUUCUGUCGGUUGUCACCAGCGAAGUCAGCGAUCAAAGUGUGCCACAUUACAGAGUGAUUUUAUGGACAAAAACUGGUGCACAGAAGAUAUCGCUGCCGUACUCCGCGAACAAGACGAUGACAAUUAGGCAGAUCCUAAGUAACUUCUUCGGAUUAGACAAGCUUGACAAAGCUCCGCGCGAGGUUUUCGCACCGGAGAUACAAAAAGAUUUGUUGCUGUUAGAAGAACAAGAAGGUUCGGUGAAUUUCAAGUUCGGUAUAAUAUACGCGAAAAAAGGACAGACCACCGACGACGAGAUGUUAUCUAACGAAAAGGGUAGUCCUGAGUUCGAUAAGUUCCUCGAAAUCCUCGGCGAAAGGAUACGAUUAAAGAAUUGGGACAAGUAUCGAGGUGGCUUGGACGUGAAAGGUGACAUGACUGGAAAAGAAAGUUAUUAUACAGUGUACGCAGGACAUGAAGUUAUGUACCACGUAAGCACAAUGCUUCCGUACUCAAAAGACAAUCCACAACAGCUCGAGAGGAAACGGCACAUCGGCAACGAUAUUGUUAAUAUCAUUUACACGGACGACCCCGAAGCGAUAGACACUUUCAACCCAAAUUGCAUCAGAAGUCAAUUUACACACGUAUUCGCCGUGGUAUCAGCCGAAGAAACAAGCAGGGGAUGGCGAGUGGCGAUCUACUGCGACGAAAACGUACCCCUAUUUGGACCCAGUCUUCCCUGUCCGCCAGUCUUCGAAGAUCCUUACACUUUGAGGGAAUUCCUUCUAGUGAAACUAAUAAACGGAGAAAAGGCCACAUUCAACACUCCGACGUUCGCACAGAAGCGUGAGAGAACGCUGGACGCCCUGCUACGAGACAUGUACCAGGAGCACUCCCAGGAGAGUAAGAGCAAUAGCAUGUUAAACCGACGAACACUGUCGGACGUGGUGGAGGCUCCAGGUCGACGUCGCGAAGAGACACGGGCUGUGGAGAUGGUGCAAGUUGGCCAGGCUUUGAAGUUGGAAGCGAUCGUUAGAGGUCUCGCACCAACUUCUUUGGCCACAGCGGGUCCGUUGAAACCCAGACCAUGGGAACCACGGUGCAUUUAUCCGGACUUCCCCCAUGAAGUUGCCUGCGGUGACGUUUGGUUGGAUAACAAGCUGAUUCUUGCCAGCGAAAAUGGCACGUUCCUUGUGGAAGACAGCCUAUCGCACAGACUGAUCUUCGACGAGUCCGUGCAGAUUAAGCAGCUAGACGUGGUAGAGCAGCACGGCAUCUUACUUUUUCGAACCGGUGAAAAAGGGAAAGAGAGCCACGUCUACGUGUUUCGUUUAAAAGAGUUUGAAAACACUACGAUGAAUAGAGUUGCUGAAGUAAUGAAUAACCGCGAGGAUGAUCAGGAUCACGAACACAACGGCGAAGAGGAAACUGCCGAGGACGACGUGGACGAGAGCGAAGACGAUGACUGUGACAAUUUCACGAGAGCCACUGCGAAAUUCAAACCCGUCAUUCGUCGUACUCACGUUCGUGUUCGACCAUUGGCUGUAAGAGGACGGGCACAUAUAAAAGAGAGAAAACUACCGCGAACACGAGGAUGUAAUUUAUACAGUAUUACUAUGCCUGGUGGCUCCCAUUUGCGUAUGUGUGUAGUAGUUGGACGGCGUUUAACGGUUCUUCAAUGGAAACACAGCGCAGCGUGGACUGCAUGGUGUUCUGCAGCCGACACGGACACCAUCGACGGUUUUCUGUUCGUGAAGGAAUUCAACGUAACCGAAACCCCCUCUAUAGUGACAAUAAUUGAAAGCAUGGAUGCAAAUAAUGAAUGGACGCUAUGCUGUGGCGUACGACACCAUUUUGAAUUGAUCUCCGCUUCUGGAAGCACAAGAAUUCUUCACAUCGAAGGAACACCAAAACCUCAUCUGGUGGCUGCGUUGAACCUGUGCGAGGACGAGGAACCCGAACUACUACUUUGUUAUAAUAACACCUGCCACUUUCAAAAGAUAUUGGACGAGAGUACCGCGCCAACAGAAUUCGAUUUCAACUGGAAUUCCGUGCCGGCCGCAAUAGCUUGUGCCUUCCCUUACGUGAUUGCCUUCACCAACGAUACCAUGGAGAUACGAUUAAUAAUCAAUGGAAACCUAGUGCACACGAUCGCAAUGCCCAAUUUGAAUUUAAUCACAUCCAAACAGGAUAUCUUCUUCUCGACGACGGCCCCGGAAUUUCUACCAGGCAAAUGCGAAAGAAUUCGUUUGGACACUAAGCCUCCGGACAAAGAAGAACCGGUUUCCAGUCCGUCUCCUUUCGCACAAUCUUCGUCGUCUCGAUCUAAUCUACAAAACAAUCACGGAGAUUGGAAACCAAUAAGAAUCUACCAAAUACCGCUGCAGACAUUAUCGAGAAGCUCUUUAUCAAGCUGUACACAAAGACGAUGUCCCAGUCCAGCGGAACCGGAAAUAGUCUCCGCUCCACCAACUGGCGCAGCUGACAAGAGUUUCCUAAGCGUCGAGCCUCAUCGGGCAUUGAGCAGAUCUUGCAGUAGCAGUCCAACACCGACACCAACGAAUCUGAUACCACCACGGAUCAGGAAAUAAAUGAAUCGCGAUGAUUUACAGAGGUUUCGAUGGAUAGCAGGUACCUGACGCUUGUGCCUCGAUAGAACAAAAGGAAAUGCAGUCGUGUAGCUAGAUUUACUGCCGUUGCGAGAGCAAUCGAGAUGUUACAUGCAAGAAGUGCCCUUGGCGUCUUUUAAGUGAAAGACUACUGAUGCUAACUUUCUUUUAGAUAAAUGUUUUUUUGUCGACGAUACGGUGUUAUAUUUGUCACCGGUCUUGAAUUAAACAUUCGGAACAGUAACAAGUCAGUUGGAUUACAGUAUUGAGUUUGACUGCAGGGGUAUCAUUGAGAUAAAAGAUCGGACUCGUUUACAGUACUUUCUAUUCAUACCUGAGGAAUAUGUAUUUUUAAACGUGUACUUUAUAUUUUCUUCCAAUAAUUUGAUCUCAUUUUUAUAGAAUAAAAGCGUGAAAAUGAUUGAAGGAAAGAUUGAGAAAUGAGUCAGCUGUGUUCAAUUUUAACUUAAGAAAAUUUCGCCAGAGGGUCAGUUACAAAAGAACAAAAACUAGUUUGUUCUCAAAACAAAAAGUUGAAAAUAAGAUGAAGAGGAAAUUAAAGCAUUGUAUUUUAAAUGUACUUGUGAUAGAAUAAAAGUUCACUUUUAGACAUUUAACAAUAACAUAUAUUAGACUUAAUAAAUUCAGAAAUUUCCCACAGCAGAUAUAAUAAAUUAAGAGAAUUCAGAAAAUUAAAGUCCAUUUGACUAGAGUGAAACUACAAUCCUUUUGAUUUCUAAUAACGUCUUUUUAACUUAAUGACACCCCUUCGUCUGACGAGCUGUGCCAAGUUUACGGUUGUUUUUAACACGUUCCGUACCAACUGUGUCUUAAAAAGCAGCGCAAAGAGGCGGCGAUAUUUAAAGGGGCCGUAAAAUCGCACAAAUGUGAAAAAAUGCAACUCCAAAAGGGAGGAUAAAAAGUACCAUGUCACGGUCGCACAAAGAAGUGUUUUGUAGAGUGUAUCCCUGUAUUGAAACGUAAAGUGGAAUAUGGAAUCUUGAAAUGGAUUAAUUUACCACUUAAUGAUUUAAUUUACGACCUUUUAUCGCGGCCGCUGCACCUGUUACCUGGGAACAGAAUGUGUUAAAACAAAUUGUAGCCACGAGAAUUGCGUCCUAUACGUGUACAUAAUAAAAUAGCUAAUAAAAUGUAUACUAUCGUUGAUCUUUUGCUGUGAAAUUUCUCACGCCAUUGUAUCGCCUAGCGAUAUUUUUCUGUCACUCGAGAUUGUUCGGUUUCUACAUGUAUGUAUCUACUGAAAAUAAAAGGAAGAUAAAAAGCUAUGUAUCAAACAUUAAUCCGUGACAUAAUUCCAUUAUAUUUAUUUUUAGGAACAUUGAAAAUUUCAAAACUUUGUCAACAGCCCUUGUCCGAUAAGUUUUAUGUUUUCACAGUUGCAAUAAAUAAUAAAUACAUGUGUCAAACUAUUUAACAAAUUAUUCAGUUUUUUAAGACUUGCACAAGAUUUCUCGUACGAUAGUGCAGCAUACCGUGUUUUCGCGUUAAAAGAGGGUUCUACUUUAACAACGACCGCAAUAAUAUCGGCAUGGUUGUCUGUCGAGAAUUAACAGAACAUUUUUUGUACAUAUAAACUGGGAAUUCGUUAAAUUAGAGAUUCUUAUCUCCAAUUCGUUGUAAAAGUUCGAUAUUCCUAUUUUUGUACAUUAGUUAUUUUUCCAUUUGAAUAUUACAAUUUUCAUUAGUUCCUGUGAAUUAAUUCAUCCUAAAAAUCCCUUAUUGCUAUUGAUUUUUCCCUUCUAUUAAAAACGUCCAACCUAAAUAUUUACACAAAAUAUUUAGUUUAUAUUAAUUCAAUUCUUCAACUCCAUAAACACGUCGUGUAUACUAUGAA